CUUAUCGGCUUUGGAAACCCUUCACUGCUAAAACCCCUUCUCUAGAUUGGAAGUAAAACUCAGAAUCUGUGAUUUGGAAUUCUUCAUAUGUUCAUUGGUAAUUGCAUCAAUGGUGUUCUCUUCUUAUCUCGGAUGCCAUCCAUGGACCAUAUCCUCAGUAAACUACGCAACGACGCCGAUUUCUACCACAUCCAACUCCUUUAACUUCCUUUCCUUCACCAAUCGUCGUCUUCAUCGGCGAAUCUCUGUAGUUUCCGCAUCCUCAGUUUCUCUAACCAAUGAUUCACUCCCUUCCUUGAACAAACUCCCGCCAGAUUUCACAUCCAAGCAGCUCUUGGAAGCAAUUCGCAGCCAAGAGGAUGAACCCUCCGCGGUUCGGAUCUUCGAUUGGGCUAAAAAUCAGCCUAGUUUUGUACCGACUUUGUCGAUAUACGAAGAAGUUCUGAAAAAGCUAGGGCAAACAGGAUCAUUUGAUUCCAUGAAGCAAAUCCUGGAGGAAUUGAAGGUUUCGAAAUGUUGUGAGGUAAGAGAAGGAACUUUCUGGAUUUUAAUUGAGAAUUACUCCAAAUUCGACUUGUAUGAUGAAUCUAUCAACGUACUUGAUUUGAUGGAAAAUGAGUUUGGUUUGAAACCAGGCACUUUUACUUAUAAUUUCUUGCUGAAUGUUCUUGUUGAUGGAAAUAAGCUGAGAUUAGUUGAAAAUGUUCACUCUAGGAUGUCUUCUAUUGGAAUUAAACCUGAUGUUUCAACCUUUAAUAUCUUGAUUAAGGCUCUUUGUAAAGCUCAUCAGAUUAGACCUGCAAUUUUGUUAAUGGAAGAUAUGGCUAAGUAUGGAUUGACACCGGAUGAGAAAACUUAUACAACUAUAAUGCAAGGUUAUAUAGAGGAAGGAAAUCUUGAUGGGGCAUUGAGAAUUCGAGACCAAAUGGUCGCGUCUCGAUGCAGAUCGACGAACAUAACUGUUAAUGUUUUGGUUAACGGGUUCUGCAAAGAAGGUCGAAUUGAGAAAGCUUUGGAUUUUGUUCAAGAGAUGACACAAGAAGGUUUUUACCCUGAUCAAUUCACGUUCAAUGCAUUGAUUAAUGGUUUGGUUAAGGCAGGCCAUGUUACUCACGCUGUCGAGAUCUUGGAUUUAAUGAGAGGCGAAGGUUUCGACCCUGAUAUCUUCACUUACAACACAUUGAUCUCGGGUUUAUGCAAAAGGGGAGAAAUUGAAGAAGCUGUUGAAAUUCUAGAUCGGAUGGUUUCCACUAAUACUGUCACUUACAACACCCUAAUCAGCACUUUGUGUAAAGAGAAUCAAGUCGAACGAGCGAUGAACCUUGUUCGACUCCUAACAGAAAAAGGGUUUCUCCCGGACGUAUGCACGUUCAAUUCCCUCAUACAGGGUCUAUGCUUGAACCGAAAUCUCAUCUCCGCGAUGGAAUUAUUUGACGAAAUGAAGACCAAAGGGUGUAAACCGGACGAGUUCACUUACAACAUGUUGAUCGAUUGUUUAUGUUCGACGGGGAAGCUCGACGGGGCUAUGGGUAUCUUGAAAGAAAUGGAAUCCAGCGGUUGUUCAAGAAGCGUGAUCACUUACAACACGUUAAUCGACGGUUUAUGUAAAAACAGGAAGGUUGAAGAAGCUGAGGAAAUUUUCGAUCAAAUGGAGGUUUUAGGAGUUUCGAGAAACGUAGUCACGUAUAACUCGCUUAUCGACGGUCUUUCCAAGAGUAAUCGAUUGGAGGAAGCUUCUCAGAUGAUCGACCAGAUGAUAUUCGAAGGCUUGAAGCCCGAUAAGUUCACAUAUAACUCGAUCCUCCUACAUUUUUGUAGAGCGGGUAAUAUUAAGAAGGCUGCCGAUGUUGUUCAAACGAUGACAUCGAACGGCUGCGAACCCGAUAUUGUAACUUACGGUACCUUAAUUCAAGGGCUAUGUAAAGCGGGUAGGACCGAGGUUGCCACUAGACUAUUGAGAACUAUUGAAAUGAAAGGUAUGGUUAUAACUCCUCAAGCUUAUAAUCCGGUUAUACAAUCGUUGUUUAAGAGGAAAAGGACUCGAGAAGCGGUUAGGUUCUUCAGGGAGAUGGAGGAGAAAGGGAGUCCUUCGCCCGAUGCGUUCACUUAUAAAGUGGUCCUUCGUGGGAUAUGUUCGGGUGGGGGACCUAUUGGAGAGGCCGUUGAUUUCGUGGAGGAAAUGAUUGGGAAAGGAUUUGUACCUGAAUUCUCGUCGUUUUCUAUGUUGGCCGAAGGGCUUUUGGCUUUAGCAAUGGAGGAUACUUUGGUUAAGCUGGUCGAGUCGAUUAUGGUGAAAGCGAAGUUGUUUGAGGACGAUAAGACGAUGAUCAGAGGUUUUCUUAAGAUUAGGAAAUUUCAAGAUGGUUUGGGUAUUCUUGGGGGAUUAUUGACGAGCCGGCAACAAACCUAUAGAGGUUAUCGAUGAAUUUCGGGUUUUGGUUUGGCUUGGAUUUUCGACUAUUUUGAGCAACCCGAUUUUAAACUAAAACUUUCACCUAUGUUGAUAUAUUAUUAUUGAGCCUAUUUAGAAAAGAUUAUUCUCUAUUUUUUAUUUGA